UUUGUAUAUAAAAACUCUAUACUUUUAAUACUACUAUUACAUUAGAUUACAUAUACCAAUAUCAACACAAAUUCUCUUCCAUUCAAAUUCUUUUUUUUUUCUUCUUUUUUUUUUUUGCCAUGACCAUGAUGAAGAACAAUAAGGAUGAACAAGGCAUAAUAACUUCAUCAUAUCAAAAACUUUUCAAUGCUCAAAUUUGUCUCCUAAACUUCUUUGGUCAUAUUCUAGUCUUUGGUUGUGGUUUACUCAUUGGUAUAACACUCACUUUAUUUCUCAAUAAAAUUUCAUUCCAAUUUCAAAUCCAACAAUUUCAAAAUCCAUUUUUUCCUACACCUCCAAUCACACCCAACAUCUCAAAUCCAUCAAAUAUUCAAAACCAAACAAAAAUUUUUAUCAAAGAAGAAAAUUUUGUGAUUACUAAUAACAUUAGUAGUUCAAAUGUUUUGGAAGAUUUUUUGAAGAUUCCAAGUGCUAUGCAUGAUAUGAAUGAAAAAGAAUUGUUUUGGAGAGCUUCAUUGGCACCUAUGAUUCAUAAAAUUCCAUUCAAACAAACAUCAAAGGUUGCAUUUAUGUUCUUAACAAAAGGUCCUGUUUUAUUGGCACCACUUUGGGAGAAAUUUUUCAAGGGAAAUGAAGGGUUGUUUUCAAUCUACAUUCAUCCAAAUCCUUCUUUCAAUGAAACAAUUUAUGAUCAAAGCUCUGUUUUUCAUGGCCGUAGAAUCCCAAGCAAGAAGGUACAUUGGGGUGAAAAUAGCAUGAUAGAAGCAGAGAGACGUUUACUAGCAAAUGCAUUGCUUGAUUUCUCAAACACAAGAUUUGUACUACUUUCAGAAUCAUGCAUACCAUUGUUCAAUUUUUCCACAAUCUACAAUUAUUUAAUGAACUCAAAAAAAACAUAUGUAGAAGCCUAUGAUUUAGCAAGUUCUGUUGGAAGAGGAAGAUAUAGCAAAAAAAUGAUGCCAUUGAUUAACAUUUCUCAAUGGAGAAAAGGGUCUCAAUGGUUUCAAAUAGAUCGUUACCUUGCACUACAAGUAAUUUCUGACAAGUCAUAUUUUUCUAUUUAUAAAAAGCAUUGCAACCCUCCAUGCUAUAGUGAUGAACAUUAUUUGCCAACAUUGGUUAGUAUAAAAUUUUGGAAGAGGAAUUCUAAUAGAACUUUGACUUGGGUUGAUUGGUCAAAGGGUGGACCUCAUCCAGCAAAGUUUGUUAGACCACAUGUUACUAUUGAUUUUUUGGAGAAGUUAAGGUUUGGAAGUACUUGUGAGUACAAUGGAAAGACAACUAAUGUUUGUUAUUUGUUUGCUAGGAAAUUUACUCGUCAUGCUUUGGGUAGAUUACUUAGAUUUGCUCCAAAGUUAAUGCAAUUUAAUUGAUUUUACAUUGUACAUGUCUACUUUGAUUUUUCAUUGAUUUAUUCUUUUGUGCUACUUUUUUUUUUCCACCUAGAUGAACAACCAUCAUAUUCAUUCAUUUAUGUAAUAAAUUUAUGGGCAGUAGAAUUUGGCUCUUUCUUUUUU